AUGAAAAAAAAGUCGGAGGCUCAGAGCACGCGAGACAUCUGGUAUGCGACUUCCCUCUCCCUCCUGUUCUUGCUGAUCGAUCAAGAGUUAAGUAGAGAGAUGGAAUUGGCUACGAAGGCUUUGGAAUUUGCGAACAGAGCAGCGAGCAACAACACUGUAAUCAACAUAUUCCUUGUGGGUGCGUUCGGAGGAUUGGCAGUUAGAUCAUUGAACCAACAAAGACAGAUCGAAGCCCUAGAAUCUCAAAGGGAUUCGCUUGUGAAAUCCAACAAAUCAAUGCGACAAACCAUUUGGGAUUGGAAGCAAAAGCUCUAUACCGAGGCUGAGGCUGAUAAAAAACCGAUUGUUCCACUCUCAAAACUCAAGUCGAUUUAUGGCGAAGUCCCCACACUCUCCCAAUCUGCUGGAAUUGCCGAGAAGAAAGACGGAAAAGCAUCUGCAACUAAAAUCGUAAUCCGAGUAACAAGUAAAAGGAAUAAUGAAGGUCAAUCAACAACAUGAAAUGAUUUUUCUAAUUCCCUCUUGUUUUGUGGAACAUAUAGUGUAUGGUAGCAUAUGUGCAAAAUUGUAACCUUAGAAUCGAGUAUGUGUACCAAAUAAUAUGGGUCCAUCAGACCAGAAUUUCAUGCCUGAGUUCGUUGUUGUCUGAGCUUUUGACCUAUAGUUACAUUAUUUAACUUGUAAUUAAAAACCUGAUCUGAUUCACUUGUAAAACUCAUGACCCUACUAUUUAAUAUUUAAAAAUGUAAUAACAUAAUAAAGGAUAGAGUAAAUUACAAAAAUGGUCCAUAUGGUUGGGUUCAUUUUACAAGUAGUCAAACAUUU